UAUUUAAACAGUUCCAAGUAAGGGAGACCAGCUGCCAAGGGAGACCCCUGAACCCCAGAACAACCAGCUGGAUCAGUUCUCACAGGAGCUGCAGCUCAGAGACUGGGAAACAUGGUUCCAAAAUUGUUCACUUCCCAAAUUUGUCUGCUUCUUCUGUUGGGGCUUAUGGGUGUGGAGGGCUCACUCCAUGCCAGACCCCCAGAGUUUACAAGGGCUCAGUGGUUUGCCAUCCAGCACAUCAAUAUGAACCCCCCUUCAUGCAACAUUGCAAUGCGGGUAAUUAACCAGUAUCAACGGUGUUGCGAAAAGCAAAAUACUUUUCUUCGUACAACUUUUGCAAAUGUAGUUAAUGUUUGUCAUAACCCAAGUAUACCCUGCGUUCAUAACAGAACUCUCCAAAAUUGUCAUCGUAGUAGCGUCCGGGUGCCUUUACUCCAGUGUGAACACAUAAAUAGAGGUGCACAGAAUGUUUCAACCUGCGAGUAUGCAGACAGACAAGGACAGAGUUUCUAUGUAGUUGCAUGUGAAAACAGAGAUCCACGGGAUCCUCCACAGUAUCCAGUGGUUCCAGUACUCCUGGAUAGAAUAAUCUAAGCUCCUGUAUCAGCACUCCUCAUCAUCACUCAUCUGCCAAGCUCCUCAAUCAUAGCCAAGAUCCCAUCCCUCUAUGUACCCUGGGUAUCAGCAUCUGUCCUCUUCAGUCUCCAUACCCUUUCAGGUUUCCUGAACUGAAGUGCCUUGUGAACCUCCAACAAGCUGCUGUGCAAAUUCAUCCAAAAAUAUCUGUGUGUCUUCGUCGGCCGCUCUGCUGUCAUUUAGCGAAACUCUGCUCUAGUGAUAUGGGUUUUUCAUGAAUCUCUCACACUUAAUAUCUGACCAAAUUCCUUAAUUCCCCCAUCGUCCUCCAUGUGAUACCUGAUUCCAGGCCUGCCUUAAAAAAAAACCCAGUUGAGUCAACUUAGCAUUGGUCUCCCUAGCCUUGGUAUCUCCUCUAAGCAAUUUUCCAUCCACUGGCCCCUCCCCUAACACCAACCUGUAACUUGUGUACAGAUCUCCAUUUGUUUUAGCUGUAUUCCAGAAUUGAGACCAAUUUGAUACUGAGGUCCCAUUUGAUGCUUUAUGGUCCAACUAUGGUUUUUUUGACAUGAUUUCUAUACCAAGAAAAAAAGAGCUGCAGUGAAUAAGCUGAAAAUGCACAUGUUUCAUUAUGAUUUAUGAAUGAUAAAUUUUGAUAGAAUUGAAUGUUAUGAUAGAAAACAAAAAAAAGUAGAAAGAGUCAAGAAUGCUAUAAAUACAGUGAAACCAAGAUAAAAACAAGUUUAGUCUCAGAGAUACUUCUUUUAAAUGAGCACAUCAAAUCUCCAGCUAUCAGCAAUUGUACUGCAGGUGGAACCUGGGUUUAAGUCAAAUGUGCAAUGAGAUAAAUUGUUCAGACAGCAAUAGGGACAGAUUGUAAUACUGCCUGGAGGAGAGGUGGCCAUCAUUCCCAAAACUUCCAUGUCCUGGAGAUGGGGAGCCGCUGGUCACGUGAGAAGGGGAAGGGGAAUAAGGAGGACGGGGAAGUGGGAGCACUCAUGAAACUGAGUUGCCUCCUGCCCAUUCUGCCCUCCAUAGUGGUCCCCAGUGGUGAGUCAAAGGGUUCAUUCAACACCUGUCAGGUAGGGCACAGCCUCAAGAAUUAGGGAUUUGUAGACCCAGAGAGAGAAGAAAUGGAUAAUGAGAGCCCUUGCCCUGGCCUCCAUUACAAGGCUUCAUUCACUCAGGAAUCCAUGAGAAACAGGAAGGGGAAGCCCUUUCUUGCAAGCUGUGGACAGGUGCAGCACUCAGGUGAUUGUGCCGGGGACAGAGUGGGUCCUUUUGAAAGGCCUGACUCACAAUACAACAGAGAUACAAUGCC